UGGGAAGGGGAAGUGUGUGUGGGGGAGUCUCCAUUCAUAUUCGUAUGGAAAAGAGGGAGGCUGGAUCGUGCAGAGGAGAAAGAGGUUGAUUAUGACUUAUGGCGACCCUAUGAAUCAGUGACCUCCAAGAGCAUCCGUCAUGAACCACCCUGGUCAGAUCUUGUAAGUUCAGUCCAUGGUAUGCGCAAAGCUCUUCUCCAACACCACAUUUCAAAUGCGUUGAUUUUUCUCUUCUCAGCUUUUUUCACUGUCCAACUUUCACAUCCAUACACAGAGAUCGGGAAUACCAUGGUCUGAAUGAUCCUGACUUUAGCGUUCAGUGAUAUAUCUUUGAUAAAACUAUAAGGAGUAAAAAACAAACAAACUUCUUUUCUCACUUGCCCUAAGUACAACCCUAUAAGGCACCGGUAUGACCCCGCUUGAGAGCUGCUCCUGACUUUAAAAGUGUGUCGUGGCAACAUCUGUGAGAGGCGGCCAAGUUUGCAAGUCCUCCUUCAUCUCCCCUGCAGGCGGUGCAAUGGCAUUAGAGGCACCGCCAUCUCUUCCUUGGGGCGAAGCAAGAACAGCUGCCGUGCAACCCCGUCAGAGUCUGGUGACCUUUGAGGAGGUGGCCGUGUAUUUCACGGAGGAGGAAUGGGCUCUGGUGGAUCCCAGCCAAAGAGCUCUGCAUAGGGAAGUCAUGAAGGAGAUUUAUGACAUGGUGGCCUCUCUAGAUAAUGAGCAGAGCAAUGGGAAUUAUAGGAAGACGUCUGUGGUAUCAUCUGACACACCUAUGGGUGAAACAGGAAAAUAUAUGUUUGGGAAUGAAAAAGAAUGCCAAACGCAUGAAGUAAGCCUGUCAAAGAAUGGGAAGAUGAAAUUGUCUAAUUCUCAGGGUGCCGAUAUCCAAGAACCCCGGAUCCUGCGGGAAGAUCACAGAGGAAACAACAACAAAACAUGUUGUGUGUGCGGCAAAAUAUUUCAACAUAAAUCAAAUUUAAAUAUACAUUGCAGAAUCCAUACAGGGGAGAAACCAUUUGAAUGCACGGAAUGCAAAAAGAGCUUCAGUCGAAGAUCUUCCCUGAUUAAACAUCAAAGAACCCACACGGGAGAGAAACCGUUUAAAUGCAUGGAGUGUGGAAAGAGUUUCAGUCGGAAUGAUCACCUUACCUUACAUCUUAGAAUGCACACAGGGGGGAAACCGUUUAAAUGCAUGGAGUGUGGAAAAAGCUUUAGACAGAGCAGUCACCUUACGUUACAUCAAAGAACCCACACAGGAGAGAAACCAUUUCAGUGCAUGGAGUGUGGAAAGAGCUUUAGUGUGAGCUGUAGCCUUACUUUACAUCAGAGAAUCCACACAGGGGAGAAACCAUUUAAAUGUAUGGAGUGUGGAAAAAAAUUUAGUCACAACAGUCGCCUUACUUUACAUAAAAGAACCCACACGGGGGAGAAACCAUUUAAAUGCAUGGAGUGUGGAAAGCACUUCAGUCAGAAUGCUCACCUUACUAAACAUCAAAGGACACACACAGGGGAGAAACCAUUUCAAUGCAUGGAGUGUGGAAAGAGUUUUAGUGUGAGCAGUAGCCUUACGUUACAUCAUAGAAUCCAUUCAAAACAGAAGACAUUUAAAUGCAAGGAGUGUGGAAAGAGCUUCAGUGUGAGCGGUAAGCUUACUUUACAUCAUAGAAUACACACAGGGGAGAAACCAUUUAAAUGCAUGGAGUGUGGAAAGACCUUUAGACAGAGCAGUGACCUUACUUUACAUCACAGAACCCACACAGGGGAGAAACCAUUUAAAUGCAUGGAGUGUGGAAAGUGCUUCAUCCAAAAUUCUCAGCUUACUAAACAUCAAAGAACACACACAGGUGAGAAACCCUUUCAGUGCAAAGAGUGUGGAAAGAGCUUUCGACAGAGAAGUCAUCUUACUUUACAUCACAGAACCCACACCGGAGAGAAACCAUUUAAAUGCAUGAAGUGUGGAAAGAGUUUUAGUCAUAGCAGUAAUGUUACUUUGCAUUAUAGAAUCCAUACAGGGGAGAAACCGCGCUUCAGUUAGAAUGCUUACCUUACUCAGCAUUGAAGAACACAUACAGGGGAGAAACAAUUUAAAAGCUUAGAGUGUAGAAAGAAUUUUAGAGUAUUCCCCUUAACUGUAGGAAGAACUUUAUGUAGUAUCCUUUGUGUGUAUCAAAGAACCCACGAAGAUGAGGAACCCUAUAAUUGUAUGAAAUGCAAAGAGCUUUAGUGAGAGAAGUUCCCUUACUUCUCACAAAAGAAUGCACCCAGGAAGAAACUAUAGAAACUCAUCUGAGGUUAAAAGACCUUUAUUAACACCCAAAGUCUUAUUGAACAUGAACGAACCCAUGAAAGGAAGACAGUAAAAAUUAAUGGAGUAUGGAAAGAGGGAUGAGUCUUUUUGGCAUCUGAAAAAUCUCAUGUAAGCUAGUGUGGGAAAACUCUGGCCGGUGGGCCAAUCUUGACCUACUAGGGGUUCCAAUUUGGCCCAUGAAGCCGUUUUCCUCAACCCAUAUCUACUCACCUGUCAUCUGAUCUCAGUGGUGAUGGAAGGACAGGGUUUAAUUCUCCAUUGGCUAUGUAACCCUACUCCCAACAGGGAAGAAGAUUAGCAAGGAAGCCGGCAAGAUUUAAUCCCUAUUCAUCCGUGCGCUUUGAAGUAGUUCACACACAUGAGCUACUUCAAAGAGGCUUUUGGAAAGGCUUUAAGACAGUGCCUUUUGGUCAAAUAGUGCAGAGGCUGCCUUAAAGUAUUCUGGGAGUCUCUCCCCUCCCCCUUUUAUUCCCUGAUCUCAGAGACUUAAAAGGGAAGCAGGAGAAGACUCACAAAGCCUUUGCAAGUCUCCUUCCACCCACCCCUUCAAGCCUGGGAGAUCUAAGUGCAAUCAUGUGAUGUCAUAAGGACACCACUUGUGCCCUCCUGUCAAAUUUGGUCCACGAGGUAGAUUGUGGUAAGGAUUUGGUUCGUGGAGCCAAAUGGUUUUUCACUUCUGGCAUGAGCUUUCACAGGGUCUACUUCAUCAGAUGCUUCAUCAGUCCGUGUAGACACAAAAAAAGUGUAAACAGUAAUGUUUGAUGGAAACGAAUCGCAAUCUAAUAUAUGCAUAAGUAUUUUGACCUUUACAAAACAGAACACUUGUCAGUUACCAUAUAGUUUGAAAGGAAGUACUUCUUUACUCAGCGCAUAGUUAAACUAUGGAAUUUGCUCCCACAAGAUGCAGUAAUGGCCACCAGUUUGGAUGGCUUUAAAAGAAGAUUAGACAAAUUCAUGGAGGACAGGGCUAUCAAUGGCUACUAGCCAUGAUGGCUGUGCUGUGCCACCCUAGUCAGAGGCAGCAUGCUUCUGAAAACCAGUUGCCGGAAGCCUCAGGACGGGAGAGUGUUCUUGCACUCGGGUCCUGCUUGCAGGCUUCCCCCAGGCAUCUGGUUGGCCACUGUGAGAACAGGAUGCUGGACUUGAUGGGCCACUGGCCUGAUCCAGCAGGCUCUUAUGUUCUUAUAGUGUAAAGGUAUGCAGAAUGCCCAGAGAGCCAUCACAGCAACUGUAAUUGAUGAGAAUACAAACUACUACAGUAGCAUUGCUUUGUAAAUCAGUAGCUGUAGCGGAAUGGAAAACCACUCCGUGGUAAGCUGACGUCAGGGUCAGCCCCAGGCAUUCUGCUGCCUGAAACUAAGGAGGAGAUGGUGCUCCCUCCCCAGUCCAUCUAGGGAAGCCAGCUGGACUGGCACUUGAAUGUACUGCACUAGUGAAGUGAUAGCAAAGUGAUUGCGAAGGCAGCAGCAGCAACAAUCAGAGAACAGGCACAGUUUAGGGGAGCAGCAGCAGAACUCUCAACAGGAAACGCCCUUUUCAGGGGCACGAGAUUCCCCACUGGAGAUACACACGGAGUCAGAAGUGUGGAGUUCAGACAGCCUAUUUUUGGGGCAAAGCACCUCAACAGUCUGAAACCAUAACCACCACACUACAUACAGCCACAAAGGGAGAAUGAAGGACAGGGGAAAACCCUAAAAGUCAACAAACCCAACUACCAAACUGUCCAUGUCUUGGUUUACUGACAGUUCUUAUUGUAUUCUUCUUGUUCACCACCCAGAGAGCUAAUGCUAGUGGGGCGGUAUAAAAAUUUAACAAAAUAAAUAAUAAAUAGCAUCCUGCACUGCACCUGAGCCAGUAGGCUAGUGUAGGGUCCCAGGAAAGGCAGUGUGGCCAUAGAGGGGAAUGGCUGGCAGGCUCAGGAGGUACAGUAUGAGACAAUUGUACCUUAAAUAAUGAAGGAAACAUGCCAUUGGGGCAACUGGAAAGUAGGAAGCUUUACUUAGGAGGGUGGUGGAGUUCAGGUGGGCCAAUGUAAGCGUUAGCAAUAGUUACAUUACUACUUAAUGUUGCAUGAUAAUAUCUAUAAUGGCUACUUUACCAGAUACUCUGAUAUAGAUUAACACGUUCUUUUCCCAUGUAAUCAUUGCAUCUUAAUGCUUGUUUGUUUUUGUGUGGAUAAUGUGCUUUGAUGUAUUAAUGUGUAAGCAGUGCUUAACAUAAACUAAACGCUGGUCUUCUGCUGAUGUAUUUUGCAUACGUUUUGAAGCUGGUUUCAGUCACUGCAAAAAGGAAAACUGUUUUCUAAGCAGGCAAGGCCAGUACAUCUCGUGGUAGCCAGCCAGAUUUUUCUUUUUCCAAUUGAUCAAGGCCACAUUCCCUUUGGGCAACCUUCCAAGAGCUAUAUGUCAUUGGUGGGGCAGAGCGAGUGAAGCAACUGAUGUAAAUUGUACCUGGCACAAUAGGCUCAAGUGUUCAAGUGCAUGUUCCACCCAAGCAAGCACACUCAAGGAGGAGAAGGGGGAAGCAUGGGCUGGGGUGAGUCCCCAGGGUCAGACGGAGCAAUGACUUUGGCCGCUCGGGCCUGAGGUUCCCCACUCCUGUUGUAUAAGGAUAACAGAGAGGCACAAGUUGAUCAUAAGCCGUAAGGUGGGAACUGCCCAGGAAUGUUGACAAGAAGUCUUGAGUAAAAGUCUAUUAAAAAACCCAAUGACAGCCUAUGGGGGCACACCUCAUUUGCCUACAACAUCAUUCAACUCCUGGCUUGAUCCACUGGUCCAGAGUGGUUUCUGCCGCGCUGGAAUAGUAUAUCGAUUAUUAUUUUCUUUGAUUUUUAGAAUAGGGUAUGUGUGUAUCGAAGUGAUAUACUGCAUACAAGAGUUGUGUUAGCAAAUGUUAAAGAGCGAGUAAAGCCUUGAAAAGGCCUUUUGUGUCUUCUCUUGGGUCUCCACACAACUGCAUAGCAUCCCUUCUUAGUACAAUCAGGCACUCCAUGAAACUACAAAAAAAUGGAAAACUCAGUAACUGGUAAUCAAUAACCUGAUUGGCUAACAAUCUGUGAGAGACCGGAGGGUCAUUUUUAGAUCCCUAGGAAUGAAAAACGUGGAGCCAAAGUCAGCCACGACUGCUGCUUGUAACAGCUGUAUAAGAAAAGUGGACUAUACUGCAGGGUUGUAGUAUGCUAGAGGUAGGCAGUGGAAACAGCCUUUGGCAGUACAUGCGGCCAGAAAGGGUAUCUUUCACUCAGGAGAGGAAAUCUUAUUUGACAUGUAUUGUUGUUCUUUUACUGUAUGUUGUUGAACUGUGUCUUAUUGAAAUAUGACAUGUAUUUUACUAUGUAUUUUGUAUUUCCCUUUUAUAUGUGUUUAAUUGUGAUAGCCGAUGGCUCUGAGCAAUAAAGAUUCAUU